CAACACCAUAACUCCUUUCAUGAUUUGGAACAGUCUGCAAAUGACGGUUGUGAUCUAUGCCUGCUCAUGUUAGACUGCUUCAAAGGUAUCGAAUGGACAGAGGGCGAUUACCAAUUCCCGCUUUAUGCAUGGGAAACGGCAACUGAGUUGAAUAUUGAAAAUACAGCCUAUACUGCGGCGAAAGAACUGGUAGUAUCUGAUGUGAAACUAAGUCUUAGCACAGACCAUGUCUAUUUGGGAGAUCCUUUGGGAAAAGUUGAGACUUUCAAUACUCUGUUGGUCCAAGUUGGUCCAACAGAACUCCCAGAUGAGGGUGAUUCUAAUUCAUUUCCGUUUCUGGCGUUGUCAUUGAACAACCAAGAAUGCAUGAUGGAUAUUGAAGGAACCAAAAUUGGCCGCCUUAAAGUAGACCCAGACUUAGCUUCGCACUCUCAAUUUGAAAUUGCACGCCAAUGGCUUGAUGAGUGCCAGACGACACACCUAGGUUGUUUGGCGAACAAAGUUCCAGAACUUCCAACUCGGGUGGUGGAUAUUGGACCGCCAGACGCUGCUUUCGCCCCUCGGGUACAUAUUUCUCACGGGGCUCAAGCAAAUUAUAUCGCCCUAAGUCAUUGCUGGGGUGGGAGAAUAGAGGCCAUCCUCACGACGAAGACAUAUCACGAUUACCAGAAAGAGUUACCAAUCUCUGAUAUUGCCCACAAUUUCAAAGAUGCUUUCCGCAUUGCAAAAGAACUUGGCAUACGUUAUGUUUGGAUUGACUCGCUCUGUAUAAUUCAAGACUCAAAAGAAGACUGGGAAGCUGAGUCUAUCAAAAUGGGAGCGAUUUACCGAAACGCCACCUUGACCAUCUCCGCUCUUGUAGCAGCAAAAAGUACAGUGGGAAUCUUGAAGAACAACGGGGAUCGUUUCUCUAAAGCUCCAAAAACCGUGCAACUUCGGAUUUAUGAUGCCAAGUUAAAGACCGAAGAAAUUGAAGUAGAGUGGAAAUCGCGCGAAGAGGAAAAUCUACGUAAUCUUAUGCUUCAAAGUGCACUAAUGUCGCGAGGAUGGACCUUGCAAGAGUAUGUCUUGUCACCUCGAAAUUUGCUGUACGGGAGACGACAAAUAUACUGGCGCUGUCCGAGCAGGAUGGCAUCAGCGGAUAAUACACCAAUGGGCAACCAAUUUCCAGAUAAACAGUUUCAGAACGCCGCGCAAGUUAUUUAUUCUGAUAUCUUGGCCAAACCGCCUCAAAUGGAAGCAGACGUCAAGGUCAUUCUUGAAGACUAUUAUGAGCUGGUUGAAACGUACUCUGCGCGUCAAUUAACUUACGGAUCUGACAAAUUUGCCGCAUUUGCCGGAAUAGCUCAGAUGAUACAUCCAGCAAUUGGCGGACAGUAUCUUGCCGGCAUCUGGACGGCUGAUUUCAAGCAUGGAUUGCUAUGGUAUGCGGAAAUGUCCUCCUGUCGGCAUGUCGAAUCACACGGAGCCCCAUCCUGGUCGUGGAUGGUAACUGAUGCUUCGAUCUUGUUUUCCACCUUACGUAUUUUUGAGACGACCCCGUAUGAUGCCAAAUUAAUUCGGAUUGAAGGUAUUUCUCAAGACUUAAAAAGGCAAUUCGGCCAAGCCAAAUCAGCUUCUAUAGUCUUAGAAGGACUCACGAUGCCAUUAAUACGGAGCGAACAGAAUAUUCGUUCGAACGAAGACAAUGAGCUACUAGUCGGCACCGCGCGGUAUGAUGAGCCUUCGCCCUCCGAUGACUGGAAGACACACUCUAUUUAUGAAGUCCAUGAUGAUAUCUUUGGAGAUACGUUGAUUUCCAUGAGGAAUGACCUUGCAUAUGAUGAUGUCAACAUAGACGAUGUCAACAUAGACUCAGCUUAUUUCUCGGAAGACGAUCUCUCACUAUUGCUUAUCCAAGCAGAUGAUGAAACUAGAGGCGAGGAAGCCUCGAGUUUUGGCGAAGGCAUUAUUUUGCGGCUCUUAAAAGACGAAUUAGAAGACACGUAUGAGAGAAUAGGAUAUGCUACGUUUUGGCGGCCAAAGAUGACACUUUUCCAGCAAUGGGAAGUAAAGUCUUUGAAAAUUGUAUAAGUAUCAUCAGCUAAUACGGUAUUGAGUGCAACGUACUGGUAGUACGAAUUGGAAGAGUCUGCUCGGACAUUGUUGAGUGAAAAUAAUAAAAUGUAGUGAU